AUGAUUGAGAUGGAUACAGGCCCCUCAGUGCACACCUGGCUGCAAAGCUGCCUCCAAGCUGCCCCUCUCCAUCCACUCGUACACCAACACCAGCUCAUUCCCCCCCUCCUGCACACCCCUUCCUUCUCCACCUCCUCCAUAUGCCCACCCUCCUGCACGCCCCCCUCCCCCUCAACCCCACCAUGUGCCUCCCUUCCCCCGUUCCCCCCGCCUGCGUCCCUCCCCCUUCCCUCCCCCUUUCCCUCCUCCUCCCCUGCCUCCUCACCCCUUGGCUCCUUCCCCCCUUCCCCCUCCCUCCCCUCGGCUGCAGGUCAGCAGCACCACCCCACGAGCGCAAGCACCCAGGUGAAUGUGUGGGCAGGCGGGGGUGGUGCGGGCAAGGGAAUGGUGAUCGGCGUGGUGGACACGGGCAUCUGGCCGGAACACCCCUCCUUCAGUGAUGCGGGGUUCCCCUCCUCUAAGCCUGCGGGGUGGUCGGGGAAAUGCGACACGACGAGCGAGUUCAUGUGCAAUAAUAAGCUGACUGGCGCGAGGGCGUUCUACAAGGGCUUUAAGGAGGACAAUGGCGGGCCCGACCUGUCGACCCAUUGGCUAUCGCCUCGGGAUUUUCACCCAUCGACUUACCUGCAUGGCGGCAGCAGGCAACAAGGAUGUGCCCCAGGCAACAAAGAUGUGCCCAUGGCAGGCGGCAAGGCGAGCGGCAUGGCGCCAGCAGCGCGCCUCGCAAUGUACAAGGUCUUUUGGUUCUCUUCCGGAUCCCUCUUCGCCGUAUCGGCCGACAUCGAAGCCGCCGUCAACCAGGCGGUAGCGGACGGUGUGGAUGUGCUCUCGCUCUCACUGGGCGGCAUGGAUUCAACGGACACAUACUUCUCCCACAUGCCGUAUCUCGCGGCCAACCCGGCGGGCAAUGCUGGCCCAUACAGCUCCUUCUCGGGUCGCACGGUUGACAACUUCUCGCCUUUCUACCUCAACAUGGGGGCCAGCACCAUAGGCCGUGGCAGUCUAACCCUAAAGGCCACCACAGCAGCAGCAACAGCUCUCAGCAACUCAUCAUCAGUCACCCCAGCAGCCAUGGCCUACCCUUCAAUUGCCAAAUUCUCCUCCACAGGCCCCCUCACAGACCCUUCCUUCGAUGCCACGGGCGCUCUCCUCACCCACAGCAUCUUAAAGCUCGAAAUUGUCGGCCUGGGCGUGGAUCUCUACGCUGCCUGGCCCGCUGAGAAGGUCGGGAAGCCGGUCAUGUCUGCCAUUAUGACCACCGCCAAGACCACUGACACAAGCGCUGCUGCUAUCAAGAAUUCUUACGGCGAGGCCGCUACUACGUGGGAUGAGGGAGCUGGUCACGUGCUCCCAGCCAAGGUGCUGGAUCCUGGGCUUACGUUCGACGCCCGGGCAGCUGCGUAUCGGAAUUUUCUUGCCGGGCAGAGCAUGAAGCGGGCAUAG